CAAAAAAUUUAGCUACCAUGAGUGAAGAUGGACCAAGGAGAGAGGCCACAGACGGCGGCGGACAUGUCAAGUACCAAGGCGUGCGCCGCCGGCCAUGGGGAAAGUUUGCAGCCGAGAUUCGUGACUCCAAUAGGAAAGGUCAGAAUAAGGUGUGGCUAGGAACUUUCAACACUGCUGAGGAAGCAGCUAGAGCUUAUGAUAGAGAUGCUUUUAAUAUGAGGGGUUUUUUAGCAAUCCUAAAUUUCCCAAAUCAGUACAAUAUGUUUGCUGGUGCAGCUUCUGAUUCUGGUUCAUCAUCUUCAAGGAUUGCAAAUGCUGGCAAUGGAAGUCAAGUGUAUGAGUUUGAGUACCUGGAUGAUAAUUUAUUGGAGGAUCUUCUUGAUGUUGAGGGGAAAAAGAAUACAGGACCCUGA